GCAUGGCUUCAGGCGAAGGUCUGACUCACAGUACUUUUACCCACCCAGCGAGCAACGAGGCAAUAUAACUCAACAUUUCUGAGGGCAGUAACACGAGGCUUUACUGAUGAUAUUCUCCAAGUAUAUAGAUUGCUGAAAAGCAGCCUGAUUAAUUUUCUUUUCGUAGGAACAAGCUGAUUACAAAUAGUGUCACGUAUUGUUCAGCGAGCCUCUUCUGGCACCCUAGGGCGCAGGGAGAGGAGACCGGGAGAAGCUGAAACCGGCUCACUGGAUAAACUAGAAAGGCCAGUGUGACUCAGUCCGUCUGUGGUAGAGGGUGUUGUGGUGCUCGCUCCCUCCCUCGAUACACGUGUGGCCUCCCCGCAGCCCGAUGACCGACUUUUUUUUUGUAUAUCUUUGGAAGCCUUCUUGGCUUUACCCGCUGAAGUGUACUAACACUGUGAUGCUGUAAUUUGAGUUACUUGGAGAUGUUUACUCGAAUGUAAAUCGUAUGCAACGAUGUCUCGUGCCCAAAACGAAGAGGCGGUGUGGUGUGUCAGUCUGCGUCUCGCUGCUCCCUCGGCGGCGCGGCCCAGCGUGGCAGCGUAGCCAACACUUGCCACACCGGGCGACAGGCACGUGUAUGGUGCUGGGAGUACCGAGGGACCUCGGUUGUGGAGGACGUAAAGGACAGUCCCGUCAUGGAGCUUAGAGGGGCCAUGCUGCUGCUGCUGCUGAUGGAGUCGGUGUGGCUGGUGACAGGGUCGGCCCAGCAAGCAGCUACUUGCUAGUUUUUGACUGGUAUUCAAUGUUACUCUUUCAAGCCAAUCACCUUAAAGCUUUCAUGAAGGGGUGACCGCAUCUCUCCCUCAGCAGGGGCACGGGCGGUUUGGGCGAUGAGCGGGCAGAAAGCCGAGCUGCCCUGUGCCCCCGACCCCCGGGAGGCCAACGACCGGGCUGUGCUGGUGCUGUGGUAUCGAUCAAGCGACACCCGCCAGCCCGUGUACAGUUACGACGCUCGUUCGGGAGACUUCCAAUUCGGCAACGGCUGGGCCGACCCAGACGUGCUGGGCUCACGAGCGUCUUUUAACACAGUCUCCGACCCGCCCAUGUUGGUGCUGGGGCAGGUCCUUCCCACCGACCAGGGGGUGUACACCUGCAGGAUCGACUAUUAUCUGUCACCCUCCACCACCGCUCUUGUUAACCUCACCGUCGCCAUUCCCCCUGGGUCACCACUGGUGGUGUGGCGGGGGGCUGGCGUGGCAGGCAUACUGGGCCCCCUGGACGAAGGUGCCCACGUGGAGCUGUUGUGCCGCAGCGUAGGAGGUCGGCCGCAGCCGCAGGUGACGUGGUGGUGGCGGGGCGCAAAGAUGCCCAGCCAGCACACAGCCUCACUCCACUCCGGCGAAGGUACAGUAGAGUCCAGCUUAGUGGUGAAGGCUUCACGGAGUCUGCACGGGGCCACCCUCACCUGCCAGGCUCAGACACCCGCACCGAGUCCCGCCGCGACCGCCGCCCUGCCGCAACCCCUCUCCACCUUCGUCACUCUCAACGUGACGCUGCCCCCCUUGAGUGUGGAAAUCCAGGAGGCAGAAGGGCCUGUGACGGCUGGGGCUAUUGUGACGCUCGAGUGUCGCUCGUUUGGGUCUCGGCCUCCCGCAGACAUCACGUGGAGGCUAGGACACAACCGCCUCCCCCACGUCUCUCAUCGGAUUGACGGCGGAGGGAACAUUACCACGACAACGCUGAGGCUGACGGUGCGGAGGGAACACAACGGAGAAACACUGGCCUGCACCGCUGCCAACCCGCUGCUGCCCCACGCUUCGCUCACCGCCACACGCAAGCUCGAAGUGUUCUAUGCACCGGACGUGCAGCUGAAGCUCGGGCGACACGUGGACGGCAGCCGGCUCCAAGAGGGCAACGACGUAUUCUUCGAGUGCCGCGUGAGAGCCAACCCGCCUGCCCUGCGCAUGCUCUGGUACCAUAACGGAGCAGAGCUGGUCCAUGACGUGGCUGCGGGAGUGGUGGUGAGCGGCCAGAGCCUGGCCGUGCGUCACCUUCGGAGAGAACACUCAGGCCACUACACCUGCGCGGCCACCAACCAGGAGGGACACAACACCAGCAACGCCGUGCAGUUGACCGUGAAGCACUCCCCUGUGUGCGCUAGAGGCGAUGUGCAACGCACGCUAGGUGUGGCUCGCGGCACGCCCGUCAUAGUCACGUGCAGGGUGGAAGCCGAGCCCGCCCGACACCUGUCCUGGACUUGGGUGAGAAUAUUGGAGGAUGGGGAGGAACAACCUGUCCAUGCAAAGGAUAUUAAAAGUGCCGGGUUGACCUCAAGUGUUGAAGUUACGCCACUGACGGAAAGGGACUACGGAGAGCUACUAUGCAGGGCGAAAAACACGGUGGGGAGGCAGAAAGAGCCGUGCAUAGUGAGCUUGGUGCCUGCAGGGCCCCCAGACCCCCCCCACAACUGCACCACCGCCUUGCCCGAGCCCCUACACAGCCCCUCCAAGCAGUCACUGGUCGUCACCUGUUUCGAGGGGUUCGAUGGCGGUCUCCCGCAGGAGUUUAUGCUAGAGGCCUGGCAAAACAGCCACAUCGUGGCGAAUUUCAGCAGUGAUUUUCCGGAGUGGGCAGUGAGUGGUCUGAAGAGUGCACUGGAUACGACACUUCUCAUUGUUGCCGUCAACGCCCGUGGACGAAGCGAGACUUUGAGGCUUGAAGUACCAACCGCUCUCGCUCAACAGCAAGCAGCCCCAGAGACAGAGUCCCUGAGCGUGCCUGCCCUGCUGGGGGUGGCCGUGGGAGUUGUAAUAGUGUUGGUGUUGUCGCUGGUGGUGAGUGUGGUCAUCGCGCGCCGCAAAUGCUCAUGUGAUUCCAAGGAUGAGUCUAACGGUCCCACCCUGGAAGAAACGCCGGCGGGGAGUGUAUGGGAGUGUUACGAGCCUGACCCACAACCCCAAGCGAGGCACCAACACACUCUAGAGACAGACGCACACGCCAAUAUGUACACGACCCUGCUUAACACACACCCUGACUCCCCGCGGACACAUAAGAACGGCCGUAUGCUGAGUUACUCUCCAAAGCAAGACAUAAACGAAGUAUCUUGCCAGAUUAGCGACUCGUGCAGCAGUAACUCCAGUUGUGGGUCAAAGGCUGAUUCUGUAGUGGAAGUGUGCCACUUUUCUCCACAGUGCUGGCACGAACAAGUUGGCAAAACCCGCCUGAAUCAAGGUUCAAGCCUCACUUCGUUACCUAGCAAUGGCUCCCCCAACCUAGACCCCCUCAAGGGUCCUUACAGGUCAAGAAACGGGCUCGUUUCCUCCAAUGCACCCCGUCACAUCACAAGUCACCCUCAUAGCUCCAUUGAGGGAGGCUUUUAUCCAAUGAUAGUUCGCGGUAAUGAGUGUGACUGUUAUAUUCCACAGCGCCAGAAUCGCAGAAAGUUCGUGCAUUUCCAGGAUGGUAAAAAACAGGUUCUCCAGCAACACAUAUAUCCUCCCAAGGAGACGUAUGUUGUGGCAGCUCCAGUUGCCAUGCACGAUCUUCAGGCAAGUCCUAUAAACAAGGGCAAAACUAGGUCCAGGUACAAUUUCCAUCCACCGAGGAAGCCUCCACGAACAUUCAGCCAAACUUCCCUCACCAAGAGCCCAGCUACAGGCGACUCAUUCACUUCCUUAUGCUCCUCUGUCAGUCAGCCUUACUCGCAUACGACCAGGGGCGCUGUAGAAUGGGACUGUCCACAAGCUCCACUGGCGGAGGACGAAGUGAAAGACGCUUAUGCUUUGCUUCAACCCAGUGGGGGUUAAGGCAAGGUCAUUUAGAUGCCCUUGGUCAAGGAACAGUAGCAGCAACCUAAGAUGCAUAGCAGUGGAACAAUAGAACCAUCUUCAGAUACAUGGGUUCAUUGAUGUGCUAUGCAGCGUGUUCCAUUGAAUCAGGUGCUGUCAUUGGUUUUGAAUAGCACAAAAACUGCCUUAGACUUCCAGCAACAUAAUUGAAGGCAAUAUUGGAUAUAGAGAUGAAAGGUGUAUUAAGUUUCUACAGCUAUUAGAUGUUUACAACUCAGUAUUUUUUUCCCUCUCGAAGAUACUAAUUCAUUAUACACUGUACCUUAAUACCCCACAAAUAUUUGCUAUAAAGUUCACUAUAACUAAUAUUCAUUUCCUUGGAAAAAAAUAAUCCGGGGUCUUUAUUACCUUAAACUAUCAACAACAGGUUCUUUUCGGAUGUACAUAAAAAAACAUAAAAAGAAUAUAAUUA